UUGUGAAAGAAUUUAUUUAACAUUUUUGUAAAAUUGUAAUUAAUCCAAGUAAAACCAUAAAUAAUGUCAGUAACAAUGGAUAAUAUACCAAUAUUAAUAGACACAGAAGCCGAAACUAGCAUGGAACAAGAUGCUGAAGAAAAAAUACAGGCGAAAGUUAACAAUGCCACCGUUCAUAAUGGCACCAAAAGUCUAUUCAAUAUAACAUUUGAUAAUUUCGAUGAGCAGAAAAAUGAAAGUGAACAAUUUAAAGACUAUGAAAGUCGUCUGCAUCAGGAAAUGAAAGAUUGGAAAUCUGUUUUAUAUAAUGCCUACAAGGAUUUGAAACAAUCAAAACAAAAGCAUCCAGUGGUAGAUAAAACCAUACUGCCGCCGGAAAAACUCGAAUAUUUGGAAAAGGCUGAUUGUUUGCAAAAUUUCAUUAGAGAAUCUAUUGAGUUUAGACAACAGGCUUUACUGUUUUUAGAAUAUGACUAUGCGGAAUUCAUGGAAAUGAGGGAGAAUCUGGAGACUCUUUGUGAACAUAAAUUGGAUUUAAUAAAAGCUAAUAAGAUAGCCGAAAAUUUGGCAAAUGUUAAUAGAAUAAAACCAUAAAUUAAUAUCAGAGACGGCAUUUUAUGUAAACAUUUUGAAACAAUAAUUAAUAAGAAAACUAAUAUAAAAUGAUUGUAUGCAAUUAAAUAGUAUUUACUCUUCUAAAACAGAGUUAUUUAUAAAACCUAACGUAUAUGAAAAAUAUUA